AUGGCGGUUAGAUCUCUUCGCGUGGCCUCAGCGUACCGGGACUUCUGCCGAGCCGUGCAAGCGACCUUUGCGAACGACGCCUUCGCGCAGCGACAGUUGAGGGCGGAGACCGCCCGGAUGCUCCGGAAGCACGCGUCCUCGAUGUCCGAGGAUCUUCUGGUCGACGACUUGAAGUCGGGCACGGACAUGAUUCGCUACGAAAUCGUCCAGGCUUCCUUGAACCCCGAGACGAGCAACUACCGAGCACACGUCAACCAGGACCACAUCUCCCGCGGUGAUGUACUGAACCUCCUGACACCUGAGGAGGCCUUUCGAAAAAAGUGA